CAACGUCACAUCUAAUCUCCACAAUGGCGGAGAAAACCGUGUUGGGUGAAGGGUCAUCCUUCAUGGAUCCCUUUAAAGGACUUUUGUUGACAUAUUUUAUGCCAGAAACAUGUUACGACGAGUUUUUCCUCAAUUUCAACCUUUUGGACGUGCCAUGUCUGAAGAUUGUUCUGAGCAAAUGCCUGGGGAUCGGCAUCAUCCUGGGAUCAGUGAUGGUGAAACUGCCUCAGAUCUUCAAGCUGCUGGGAGCAAAGAGCGCUGAGGGCCUGAGCUUCCACACGGUGCUGCUGGAGCUGCUCGCCAUCACAGGAACGAUGGUCUACAGCAUCACCAACAAGUUCCCGUUCAGUGCCUGGGGCGAGGCUCUGUUCCUCAUGCUGCAGACGGUCGUCAUUGGCUUCCUGAUUCAGCACUAUGGAGGAAGAACAGGCAGAGGUCUCCUGUUUGUGGUUGUGUAUUCUGGCCUGCUGGUCCUCCUGCUGUCUCCUGUCACUCCCAUGUCUGUGGUCACCUCCAUGCAGGCCUUUAACAUGCCGGCCAUCAUCAUCGGCAGGCUGAUCCAGGCAGCUGCUAACUUCCGUAACGGGCACACUGGCCAGCUGUCUGCCAUCUCAGUCUUCCUGCUGUUUGCUGGAUCCCUCGCCCGCAUCUUCACCUCACUACAGGAAACUGGAGACUCCCUGAUGGCCCUCACAUACGUCAUAUCCUCCGCCUGUAACGGCAUCAUCGCCCUGCAGGUCCUCUACUACUGGAACAGCUCCCCAGAUCACAAGAAGAAAAAGAAGAGCGAGUAGUCAAAGAACAGUCGCUAAAACUUCAAUCACAGAGCAACACUUUUUCUUUCCAUCUCCAACUUUAGACAUUCUCAAAGAGGUGUCUUUAAAACUUGAACUAAUUGACUCCAGAAAUGCAUGUACAGAGCCACCGGCAAGUGUUGGACCGUGAAUCUGCUGGACAAACACUUGACUUUGAUGUAAAGGAUGUGAACAUGACAUGCCGAGCAGAUCUUCCAUGUGGGUCCACAGUUAGCUGGAUUUGUUGGUGGUGUUUCUCUGUGAGCAGGGCUGCUGAGUCCAGACUCCCGCUGUGCAGAACACUCUUAUUACAUUCCUCUUGAUCCAGUGCUCCUCGGUACUGUAAGGCUCUGUUCACACUGGGGUAUAAAACUGAUUGGAAGUGGUUUGUGUUUUUGCCUUUUGAUUUUUCACAUCCAGAGCCUCUGAUUUACUUUGAUUAUUACCAUUCUGAUUUUGUUGAAAAUUAUUUGACCUUGUAAAGAAUGAUUUUUUUGUCUUUAUCAUUUCACAUAAACAGAAUUCCACACUUGUCCCUUUAA